AUGGGGAAGCACAACAGCAAACUGGCCCCAGAGGUCCUGGACGACCUGACCAAGAGCACCGAAUUCAAUGAGGCGGAGCUCAAGCAGUGGUACAAGGGCUUCCUCAAAGACUGUCCCUCCGGUAUCCUGAACCUAGAGGAGUUUCAGCAGCUCUACGUCAAGUUUUUCCCGUACGGUGACGCCUCCAAGUUUGCCCAGCAUGCGUUCCGGACGUUUGACAAGAACGGCGACGGGACCAUUGACUUCAGGGAGUUCAUCUGUGCCCUGUCCAUCACCUCCAGGGGCAGCUUCGAGCAGAAACUCAACUGGGCCUUCAACAUGUACGACCUGGACGGAGAUGGGAAGAUCACACGCAUGGAGAUGCUGGAGAUCAUAGAGGCCAUCUACAAGAUGGUGGGCACGGUGAUCAUGAUGCGUAUGAACGAGGACGGGUUGACCCCCCAGCAGCGCGUGGACAAGAUCUUCUCCAAGAUGGACAAGGACCACAACGACGAGAUCACUCUGGAGGAGUUCAAAGAGGCGGCCAAGUCCGACCCCUCCAUCGUCCUGCUGCUGCAAUGUGACAUGCAGAAGUAG